CGGAGGGCGGGCGCUGAUCGCGGCGCCGGGCCGCGUCCCCGGUCCGCGGUCGCCCUGCCACCCAGCCUGCGUCCCCGGCGGCGGCGGGGAGCUCGGGGGCACCGGGCGGCGGCGCGGCGGCUGGCUGGAUGCAAGACCUGCGCGGACCCCGCGGCGGACGUCGGCUCUCGACACGGGGAAGCCGAACGCGCUGGCCAUGGCCUCCAACUUUAACGACAUAGUCAAGCAGGGCUACGUGAAAAUCCGCAGCAGGAAGCUGGGGAUUUUCAGACGAUGCUGGCUGGUUUUCAAGAAGGCAUCUAGUAAAGGACCCAGAAGGCUAGAAAAAUUUCCGGAUGAAAAGGCAGCGUAUUUCAGAAACUUUCAUAAGGUAACUGAACUGCACAACAUCAAAAACAUAACCAGACUGCCUCGGGAGACAAAGAAGCAUGCAGUGGCGAUUAUCUUUCAUGACGAAACGUCAAAGACAUUUGCCUGUGAGUCAGAGCUGGAGGCCGAGGAGUGGUGCAAGCAUCUCUGCAUGGAGUGUCUGGGGACCCGGCUGAACGACAUCAGCCUCGGGGAGCCUGACCUCCUGGCGGCAGGAGUGCAGCGGGAACAGAAUGAGCGAUUCAAUGUGUAUCUUAUGCCUACGCCAAAUCUGGACAUUUAUGGUGAAUGCACAAUGCAGAUCACUCAUGAGAAUAUCUAUCUGUGGGAUAUCCACAAUGCCAAGGUCAAACUGGUGAUGUGGCCUCUCAGCUCCCUGAGGAGAUACGGGCGGGACUCAACGUGGUUCACGUUUGAGUCAGGAAGAAUGUGUGACACAGGAGAAGGACUAUUCACUUUUCAAACAAGGGAAGGAGAAAUGAUCUAUCAGAAGGUCCAUUCUGCGACACUGGCCAUAGCUGAGCAACAUGAGAGAUUAAUGCUAGAAAUGGAGCAGAAGGCCCGGCUUCAGACAAGCCUGACUGAACCAAUGACGUUACCCAAAUCCAUCUCUCUUCCUCGCAGCGCGUACUGGCACCACAUCGCCCGGCAGAGCAGUGUUGGGGAGAUCUACAGUUUGCAAGGUCACGGGUUCGGGUCCUCGAAGAUGUCCCGGGCGCAGACGUUCCCCAGCUACGCGGCGGAGCCGGGCGAGGAGGCGCCGCAGCCGCUGUCCCGCUCCGGCAGCUACGGCUUCAGCUACAGCUCCAGCCUCAUCCAGUGACAGCGAGAGCACGCCGGCGGCCAGAGAGACAGCCUGCCCCGGCCCCGCCCGCGGGCCCACCGCGCCCCCUGCCUCCCGGAAGACCAACUGCAGUCAGAACUGAACCGGGUCGGGUCUGGCCCCAGGCCCGGGGAAGAUUAGAGACUGGAGUUCCGUCCGCUUCCUUGAUUCCGUGGCUAAGUCCUUUAUUUAUUGAGUUUCUUGUUGGGGGGGCGUCUAUGUCGUACAAACAGAAUCCAAAUCGUCUGAACAGAUAUUUAAACAAAAUUCUUUGGGUCUGGGCAUGGUGAGACGUUGCCCCCACUGGAUGGUACCUGGGUGGUGGGCAUCACCCUUGUCCUGAUGGCUCAGUCCUCCCACCUGAUGAGAGGUCUGUCCUUAGACGUAAAGAUGACCCACCGCAAGCUGUGUGGCUUGGAGGGUUUCGACAGAGACAAAUCCAGUAAGCUCUACAAACGGCAUCAUACUUCUCGAUAUAAAUAAGCCCAGUGACAAUUAAGGAAACACGAAAUUUAGGACACGCUAUUAAGCAGGGCCUUGUAGCUCUACUCUGUGUGUGUGUGCGCGCGCGUGCGUGUGUGAGUGUGCGCGUGUGUAGACCAGAAUAGACAUGGAUAUUGCUGUAUCCAUGUAUAUCUAACCAGUAUCUAUCAAAUGUGUGCUGAGAGUGACAGGAUAUGCUCACUUACAUUGUGGAAAACUGUAACUUGGUGCAUUAAAAUUAAGAUUGUUAUGUUGAAUAGCUAUUUUUUAAAUAGUGCUGUUAAAAAGAAAAAAAGAGGCUUCUUAUUAGCCAAGUAUUUAUGUAGUCAUGUCUGCUCCUAUGACAAGUGUAAGUGAAAAAUGUGAGAAGUGGGGACACUUUGGAAGCGAAAGAGCCGGUCUGGCCAUCCUACUGGCCCUGACCCUGCACUGUCCCUCUGCUUAUUACCCCCUUGUUGUCCACAACGUUCCUCCCUUUGGCCCCUCUGAGCUACGCGGGGAAGACUGGUUGUGAUCCUGGAUCGACUUCCACUUAACCUCGAGGACAAGGACUCUAAGUGACAAUCUGUUUAAGAAAGAGAGAAAAAUACACUUUAAAAGAACUCAGCCAUUUUGCCGUCAGAAGAAUGACAGGGACAGGACUGUAGAAAUCACUUAAAUCAUCAUAGAUGCUGUUCUGAGAGAGCCGUCAGGGGCUUAUAAUUUGCUAUGUAGCCAGAAUUUGCUGAUCUUUAGUUUCCUUUUACUGGAUAGGGGUCGGCUGGAAUUAUCAGAGAAAAUGGAUACAAAAAAAAAAAAAAACCCCAAAAAAAUCCAACUUUUUUUCAUUCUGAGACUAAUGACAAACCUACAAGGUUUAAAGGGAAGUGGUGAUUUCCAUGUGAACUGAGGAAGUUUGGCUAAUUCAGGUCAACAUAGAUAUUUUUGCUUUUAGUUUUGGAGUUCACUCAAGUAAACAUAAAAAUCGUUCUGCCUGAAUUAGGGGAUGCCAUAUGCCUAAGAUGGUCAGCUCACGAAUACUCCAAAGUGGGUUUAAAGAACAGUGAGCCCAGGUCAUGUAAGAUGCCAACCUGAAUUUUUUCCAAUAUCAACAUUUUUUAAGCUUUCAAAGUUAGCCUGUUGAAAGGGUACCUAUUUCACUGAUCUGUGAUAAGACUAUUUUUUUAAUCCAUAUCCUCAGCUUGAAUACAGAUUGACAAUUCAAGAGUUACUACUGAAUAAAAAUGGUAUGAGGUCCCACCUUGAUAAAUCUGCCCUUAGAGCAACUACCUGGACUCUCCACAUCUCUCAGAUAAGUAUGAAAACCCCAUCAAAAUGCUCAUCAUAUGAGUUAACGUGGCUGUGAAAAUGUAAUCGUCCUAAGCUUCCAGGGAUAAAGAGAAAAUUACUCAAAUGCUCCGCACUGUGAAUUUUGCUGACACAGCAGAAGAGCAGAUGACUGGCUCCUGACAAUGAUACAGCCUUCCCUGAAGUCCCGGCUUUCAGGGUUAAGCACCUCUGAAUUACUUUAGCACAUGGCAUUUGCUUUUGAAAUGCCAUUAGUAAAACACACCAGUGCAACUCCCAGCUGAGACCAUUGGAGCACAGCUCCUAGUGGUGCCACACUCACCGCGCACCCCUCGCUGGCUCACUCAGUCGAGCUGUCGCUUAGAGACCACAAGUUCCACAAGGGACUCGGGGACAGCCCCUCAGGGGUCCUGCUUUAUGUCUCAGCUUUAUUUUAACGUGCUGGAAGCACAGACUGCGAGUCCCGGGGGAUUCUGCUAAUGAGAUGAGUCUGCUCUUCUGUCUCAUUUGCAAGACAGGAUACCUGCACGAAGCAGUUUCAAGAACACCAUCUGCCAGUGAGCAUUACCAAUGAGUAUCAACGAGGGGGUCCUAAAGAUCAGGCAUAACCUUGAGCCAGUUCAUUCAGAAAAUAACAUAAAGAGUCAGUGAGAGAGAACUCUCCUUCCCACAUUUUUAAGCCAAACUCAUCACAAUGAGAAUGAUGCUAUAAAAGAUCUCCUGGUACCUUUCUGGAGAUUUACUCUAGCACACUCCUCCAACUAUACUUAAAAUUGUAGUAUAGUCAAAAUUGCUAAAUGAACAAAGAGGAGAAUUUAUAAUAAUGUAAUAUAUUUGACGUAAGGCAGUGCCCGUUGUAAUAAAAAUGACAAGCAGAUAAAUAGUCUACAAAAACCAAAGAGGAAAAUUUACUGAGUUGGUCUCCUGGAACUACAUAACAUCAACUCCGGAGUAACUAGAGUGGUCCUAGGCUUGUCUUCAACUCACUGGAGCUUGUAGGUUUUUGACUGAAGGUGCCUCUACCCUUUUUGCAGGCAUUUUUCUCCCUUCAGAAUUCCUGUUCCUCUUUACCAUACAUGUGACUUUCUCAUUGUGAGGGAGUGACUGCUAUGAACCAAAGACACCUUUUGGCUCCUUCUGAAACUGACUUGGUUGACUUUCCAUCCAGAUUCAGACAGGUGAAUGAAGGUGGUCACAGUUUCCAUAUCAGGUUGGAAGAAAGCAAUGGUCAAGGUACCGGACAUAAGUUAUAAAGGCUCUUCUGAGAGCAGAGAAAGUCUGGAGGAUGUACACAUUCCAUGGAAAUCCCUGCGGGGAUUUAUUUUUUUAUGUCCCCCAUUUUUUCUUUGGAUAAUAUUCAUUGUUGUACACACGACCAACACCUGACGUUACAUUUAUGCAGAAAAGUACAAAAUAACUUUGACCCUAUGGCUCACUAUUCUGGUGGGGGGGAAACACUUCUUUCACUUAUUCAUUGAGCGAAUAACAGGCACUCAGAACUAAUUUAUUUAUGCAGGUUGCAAAUAUUUAUGGAUCAAUAGGUUUUGGCCACUGCCACAAUUUGGACUUCAUGAAAUAAGAAAAAUACAUUUACUAAUACAUUAGGGAAGAUGCUGUUUGAUAGAGCAUGUGAAAUAAAGGGAAACACAUUUAUUAAAGUAAUCCUCACCUUUUCCACCAAGUAGUAACUAGAGUAGAAGUCCUGAUAUCUUGUGCAAUUUUUCUCUGUCUUCAUUGGGCAAAUAUGUUUGAAAAUCACUUACCACUUAUACUUUCUAUCCAGUAAGGAAGCAGUGGAGUGAUAAUUCACACUGUCAGUAGUUUCCACAAAUCCAGUUUACUGCAUGUGGUGUCUUUAUAGUAGAUAUUAAAAACAUCAUAAAAAAUUGAUGUCUGCCCCUCAUUCUUUGGCCAAUAUCUCAGAAAGCUUUGUAAAAAAAAGCAUGAGUACCCUGCUCCCUAGAUUAUUUGAGCCACUUAUUAAAACUGACCAUUAAUGCUACAGUGAAAACAUGCUAAGCAAAUUAUAUUCUUAUAAAAAAAUUAUAGUCCAGAUUUGAUUAUUAUAAUACAGCACAAAAAAAAAAUGGGCAGGAUACAUUCAGUGGGGCUGAGCUUCAGGCCUUUACCACUUCAUGUUUUAUAACAAACCUUAUAGUAAAAACUGCUUAAAGUGAAAAUUAUACAUUUUCUUCACAUCUACCCAAAUCUAUCAUGUCUGUCAAUAUCUUGCAAUUUCAAAUUACUUGAUCAAUCACUAACUAUAUUUUACAAUCCCCUGACCUUGGCCUUCUCAAAAUAGAUAAAAAUUUGCCACUAGACCUGUUUAAUAAUUAUAAUAAUAGGUGAUAUGCCACACAAAUGAACUUCUAGCCUGUAGAAUUUAUGGAGUGCGGUUUCCCACGGAGCGGGUAGAGGCAGAGAACAGGAACUAGUCAGGAGGGCAACGUUUUAGAUAAAAUUACAAAGGCUCCAAUGACGUGUCCAGGGUUACACGGAGAUUCUGCUGUCUUCACAUUCUGACCUCAGUUCCAUGUCACAGACGCGGCCUUCUUUGCUAGAUUCACCUCGCACUAAGUGUGCAACUGAAAGACAUCGGGUGAAUCGGGCUUUGAAGUUACCACUGAAAGACAACACGCAUCAAGAGAGCUCCCUUCAGUUUAGGGGAAAUUACCGAACACAAAAGAAUGUGUGACACGGUUCAACGUCUCUUCAGUAACAUGAAGAUCAUUUUCGUACAGUCAACCUCACUUGAGUUCUAACAGGAAGAUACAUUAGCAGUGACGCUGGCUGGGGGCUCGAUGUGUCAGAAGAGGUCCAAGCCUUCCAUGUGCCAUCUCUGUAAAUAUAUCUGAAGGAUUAACCCACCUUUCCUCUCUGAAACCAUCACGAAUCCUUACUCUUUUACUUGAGAAUGUGAAUCUGUGUUGUAUCGUUUCUACAAUUAUCACAACCAGAUGAGACACGGGAUAGUUCAUAGACGCUCGUGGAAGUAUCAUGAGUGCUGGACACAUCUUCCAGAUGGACGGAAUGCUGGCUAGCUCUGCAAGCAAUCACACUGAAUAAAGUUUCCACUUUAUGUUCUGCUCAGGAGAAAACCAAAACCCACGGGCAUUGUAAUUCAUUCAAAGGCGAAGAAAUGGUCAGGAAUGGUUUUGCCUGGUUCCAGGCUUCUGAUCCAGGAAUGUUUCCUUGGCCCCAUCUCCUCUCCUAAUUAGACAUAGUGGGAGCUGAGAAAUGCCAUAUGGCCUCUAAAUAAAUAGGCCCUUGUACAUGGAUUUUUCCCAAUUUUUCAGAUGUUCCUAACUCUUCCUGGACUCAUCACCACUGUAUCAAUAGAAAAGCUUGAGGGGCCAAUUCACUAGAUUGGUUGUAGGUCAUGAAUGAUUAGAAUAAGUUUUAUUACUUUUCUAUCGUCAUCGAGUUCUUUGUUGGAAAUUCAGAUUUAUUUAUCCUAAAGUGAUAGUUGAAUAAAAAAAUUAAGUAGGUGUCUAUGUUUUGUUUUCCUAGUAAUUUAUCAUAUUAUAAUGGUGAUGAUUAUUUGCAGGAUCUUCGUCACUCUGCAGAACUUUGGUUUAAUUAUUUAUGGCAUUUGUCACAACUCUGUUAGAUAAUAACAUUUAGGCUACGUUUUUUAUGUGAACUUAAACUUCUAUUUUCAAUUGAAAUUAUGGGAAUGAUUUUUUUACAUUAAAAUACCUUACACAUCAAAUUUUUCCCUUAUACACUUCAGUAGGCCAUUAUUUAAAUUAUCUGAAGUUUGGAUAAAUAAAUAAGUUAAAAUUACUAAGUAAUAUGCAAACCACAUUUUACUUGCGAUUUUCAUACACUUUUCCCUAGGUGAAGAUUUUAACAACUUGUAAACACCUGAAGGAGAGGAGAAAAUGCAUUUGUAAUAGAAAUAUAUCAACUUCCUCAAAUAAUUCUGUUCCAUAAGUUUUUAUUUUACCUCAUCUUCUAUGCCGGCAACCCUAGUUUAUAGUCCAUAUUCUGGUUUUAAGAAGAAUGAAUGGAUUUAAAUUUUCUACUACUUAUUUUGGUAGGUUUAGUACUUUAUACAAGUAACGUCCUCAGUCUGUUCCCUGAUUUUAGGAUGAUUUUAGACUUACAGAGAGCACUAAAUCAACCCUUUUUGUAGACACAGAACUGUGGGCUGAACAGAGCAAGGGCCCCAUGCUGCCCCUGUGGCUGUGUCCAUGUUGGAACCUGACUGCUGUCUUAAAACUCAAGUUACCCACAGCCUCAGAAGAGCUGCUCAUUUUCAGGAGUCCAAAAUUUAAAAAAUUCAGGGGACAAAAAGAAAAUUGAGAUGAUGACUUAAGUUUUUUUUUUUUAAAAGUCACUGCAGGAUUUCUUUCAAAGCAAGCAUUAUGAGAUGGUGUUCAUAGUGUUUCAGUAUCAUUAGUUAUUUGACAGAGAGGCUGAAAGGCGGGGAAAAUGAAGAAUCAAAUAAGAGGAGUAUCUUGAUAUUACAUAUGAAUCAGAAAUUCACAUGGUAGAUAGGUCAAUAUGAAAUAAUUUGAUGACUCAAAUUGAGAUUUACAGAUCUGUUGCAUAAUUCAAUGAACAAUGCUUAUGCCUACCAAAAGUAAACAUAUAUCAGUGAGUGGAGUUGGGGGAAAUGUGGCUCCAAAUUAUUGUGACAGAUGACCUGAAAUAGAGGAGAUUCUGUCCAGUGAGAAGACCCUCUGUGUUAUUUUAGUCAUACCAGGCAGUAUAUAAAUCACAGCAACGAAUCAGUCGACUCUCUGACACUAAAUGAGCAUGAAAGCCCCUGACACCUUCACUGCAGACGACUGGAGACCUCCCAGGACCCGCAGAGGCCUCCCUCUUACUCCCUCCACACAAGCCCUAACACACACACACACAUUUUUGGCUUUUUACCUAGUCUGUAUGUCCCACUAUAACUAUCUUUUUCUUAGAUCCACACAGAAUUAUCUCAUCUUGCAAAUCCUUAUCCCUAUGAAUCUUCAAAAUGUAUUAAAUUAUGUGCUAUAUGUUUGCUUUCUGUAAAUCCUUUUAAAUUAAUUUAUACUUUGUGGUCUUAUACUGUACAUUAUAAACAAAUGUCAUGUGUCAUUGAUUAAAUAUAUUGUUUAUGAUCAUUUUGAUAAAAAAAUAACUUUGGAUGCUAGGCCCUUGUUAAGAAAUAAAAUACCCAUUGCAAAUUUUCUUCUAUUGGAAAAUAUAUGAUUUGACUUUAUUUUUAAUCACAAUCAAUUCGAGAUAAAUAACAGUUUGGGGACAUCUGUAUGAAAUACUAGUUGAGCCACCGUGGGGAAGGGAAUACAAAGAAGUAGCUGUCCCUGGAACCUAAAUGUGAAUUUCUGGCAGAACAAAAAAUAUUAUUAUAAUGAGGCAAUAAUAAAAUUAGGAAAUUAAAUUA